AUGACGUGCACAGUACCUUGUACUGUUUGUGUCAACAGCACUCGUUGUAAUCAACCAAUGUGUUAUCCAUUAGCACUUGCUGUCUCUCAAGUAUGUCCACCGUACAAUUCAGUUGCAACGACAUCAACGAUUUCUAGAUCGACUGUAACAACAACAGCACCCACAACAACAAAGUCGCCAACAACAACAAAAGCACCAACAACAACAACAAAAGCACCAACAACAACAACAAAAGCACCAACAACAAACACAAAGGCAUCGACAACAACCACAAAAACAUCAACAACAACCAUAAAAGUGUCCACAACAACCAUCAAAGCAUCCACAACAACAAAAGCACCAACAACAAACACAAAGGCAUCGACAACAACCACAAAAACAUCAACAACAACCAUAAAAGUGUCCACAACAACCAUCAAAGCAUCCACAACAACAAAAGCACUAACAGCAACAAAGACAUCAUCAACAACAGCGUCCGCAACAACAGCAUCAGCAGCAGGAUUAAUAGGAACCACAACCAUAAAUGCACCUUGCUUAACUUGGAACCAAAAUCCAGUUAUCGUUGCGGGAGAUGAAACACUUGGGAAUAGCACCAGUCAACUGAAUGGAUCAUGGGAUCUAUCAAUUGACAGCUAUUCGAAUAUAUAUGUUAGCGACGGAGGAAAUAAUCGUAUUAUCAAAUUUUCUAAUGGCAGCUUGACGGGAAUAGUUUUAACCAGUGGGGUUGGCAGUCGUGCUAGUCAAGUUAAUAACCCAUCGGCAUCACUCAUUGAUAUGUACGGAAAUUUAUAUGUUUCUGAUAUGUUCAAUCAUAGAAUAAUGAAAUAUGAUAACAUUUCAUUCAUGUCCACAUUACCACCGAUCGCUGGUGAAGUUGCUGUGAGUGGAAGUUGGGGUUUAUACAGUAUAAUAGGGACCGCUUGGGGCAUAGCAGUCGAUGCGGAGAGCACUGUUUUUGUGUCAGACUGUUCGAUGAACCGAGUGAUGCAAUGGUCACGGUGGUCAAGUAGUGGAUGGCCAGUAGCUGAAAACCCAUCUGGUACUGCUGGAAGUGAUUCAAGCCUACUUUCGUGUCCAAUGGGCAUUUACCUUGACCAAAAUUCUACGCUUUAUAUUGCCGAUCGUGGCAACGGCCGAAUUCAAAAAUGGCCAUCAGGAUCAUCUUCAGGCAUAACAGUCGCUGGUGCAAACGGACAAAUCGGUUCUCCAACUGACGUCUCUGUUGACACGUACGGCACGGUGUACGUACUGAGUGGUGGUGGACUGUAUCGAUUCAAUCCAGGCUCAACUUGGGGUACGGUGGUGAUUUCAUUCUCUACGGUUAGUUUCGGGUUUAAAUUCGAUUCAAUCGGCAAUGUGUACGUUGCUGAUUAUGAUUCUGGCGUAGUACGACAGUAUACUGUUAAUAGUGCAAGCUGUGGUUAG